AUGAAGACUUCUCUAAUUAUAUUUAGUACCCUCCUUAGCCUGACCUCUGCCCAGAAUGCCAUUAUAAAUAAUAACUAUAGCACUACUAUAUAUGUGUACGCCCCUAGCCCCCUAACCAUUAUUCCCUUAGGUGGAAUAUUCUUAGAGAAAUUCAGAGCCUCUGGAUUAACCAUUAAGAUUGCCAAGACUAAAAUACUGGAUAAGCCUCUCUUCUUUAGCUAUUCAUUCUCUUCUAACCCAGACUAUGUGUACUAUGAUAAUGAAUGGGGUAACCCCUUUAUAGUAAACCAUAAUAUGCUAAGCCCUGGAGAAGGCUGUAAGGAAGUUAACUGCGUGGCUAAUAAUACUGGCUGCUACAGUAUGCUAGCUUAUAAGAAGGUCUAUAGUUUAUCACUGUCCACCCAGAGCCUGGGUCGCGUAGUUAAAGAUUCCAUAACGGUAUCCCAUAAAGAAAAGAUAGUCGGUGGUAAGAGUAUAGGCGUCUCCCAGCUCGAUGAAUUGCGCUUCGUGGGAACCCACGGCGGCAGCAUCAAGACUGACCUACAGCCACACCUUUGUUCGGAUAAUCAGAGUUGUUGCUACAGUUGUGCGUGUGCUUGUCGUUCCUCUGUAUGUUCCCAUGGCAAGACCAUGGCACUUGCGUCCUUCAACGCUGCUAGUCCGGCAUGGUCGCCAUCCGCCAUAUUGCUGAAGUCGAUCUCCACUACUCCAUAG